GGUGCUUGCACGUUCGUCACUGACAGGCCGCAGCCCCACUGACAGUUUGCUUUCUUUCUCGGGAAAUCUUCUAACAACGCGGACACGUUGGGAAAGAAUUCACCAUGCAGAUCUUCGUCAAGACCCUGACGGGCAAGACCAUCACCCUUGAGGUCGAGCCAUCGGACACGAUCGAGAAUGUCAAGGCCAAGAUCCAGGACAAGGAGGGAAUCCCGCCAGAUCAGCAGCGUUUGAUCUUCGCCGGCAAGCAGCUGGAGGACGGACGCACCCUGUCCGACUACAACAUCCAGAAGGAGUCCACGCUCCACCUGGUGCUCCGUCUGCGCGGUGGUAUCAUCGAGCCCUCGCUGCGUAUUCUGGCCCAGAAGUACAACUGCGACAAGAUGAUUUGCCGCAAGUGCUACGCCCGGCUUCAUCCCCGUGCCACCAACUGCCGCAAGAAGAAGUGUGGCCACACCAACAACCUGCGCCCCAAGAAGAAGCUGAAGUAAGCCCCCAUUCGUUCGCCGUUUGGACGGGUGUGUGUGUGUUGUGCUUCUGGGUUGAUUCCGGCCGGGGGUCGCGUUACAAGUUUGUAAAAUUAAACAUUCUUCAAAGAUCCGAGCGCGAGUUUGGCUGGGGCUUGAAGUCACAGCAAGAAAAUAAAUAAAAUCAUACAAAAAAAAAGUUUAAAAAAUACAACA